ACGACCUAGAUCCGAAUGAAUUAAUCCCGCGCCCAUUCAGGGCCGUUGCAAAUCAGUGUCCUGUGGCUGAUUUCGAUCCCGACUGAGGAGGGGUAGGCCCUCCUUUUGGGUCUACCAUAGGCGGAUCGGUAUGCAGGUUACAUGGCUAAACUUGUGGGCAAGAAGUUUGGAUGAUAAUUAGGUUACGGUCACAAUGCCCAGACAACUAGUUUCUGUCCAGUGUUGGACAAGCUUGAGACAUCCACGUCAGACAAUGCUUAAACUAAUAUAUACCUUGGACGCCGCACAUCUCCAUGUUAGGGUUCAUUCUAGACUUUGUGGGUAUCUUUGAAGGAUCUUCUGGAAAUGCCCUACACGACGCUUAUGAAGUCCUUUCGGUUGAGAUGGCCAUUGCGAUCCAGGAAGCUCCGUAAAAAAGGGGAGCUAGACACUGCCGCCGAAGACAGCGAUCCUCUUAUCCUUAGCGCGGUUGCCGACGAUUCCGAGGUGAAAGGAAGACAUGGGAUGAAAGUAGAACAGAUUUCACUUAAAGAUGAUAAGAAAAGUGACAAAAUAUCCUCGCCACAAGUUGGACUUUCUUGGGGAAAAGCGCAAGAGUAUGGUGUUGAAGCCUUCGACGCUUCUUCAUCGGCGCCAGUGACGGUGAACUUCAUGGAGAAAGAGAGCCUUUGGGUGCGAGCAGAACAGCUGCUACGCGAGGAUGAUAAGAAAAGGAGAAUCUGGCAAGCAUCUUUGGAUAUACUCGAGGAAGAAUUCGGAUCUCGACUUCAGCCAACUGGGAAGACAGAUCUCCGGCGGCAGUUCUGCAAUUUAUUGGAUGCCAAAACUCGCGAUCUAGAAGGGAAGAAGUGGUCAGUCCGAUUUGGUGACCACAGAAUCGCGGUCAAAGAUCAGCUCAUUCGUGUUUUCCAAAAUGUAUUGAUAGCCAAGGAUGCGAUCGGGCACGCAGCGAAUCUGAGCCCGCCAGCUGCGAUCGCUUGCGCUGGGGUGACCGUUGUUCUAUCACUUGUUGUCCAAGCUGCUGAGCAGCAUGCCGCGCUUUUGCAGGGACUAGAGUCGACCUCUGCGUUGAUAAGCCGCCUUCGGGUCGUUGAAGAGAUCUACUUACCUCGUGGGUCGUCUCAAGCCGCCCAGUUUGGGACCGAGUUUGAAGAGACAUUGACACAGUUGUAUGCGAAAGUACUGGAAUUCCAGGCUCGAGCCCUAUGUUAUCUGGGAAAACAUUCUAUUACCCAACUUUUAAGUGAUAUGUUCAAACACGAUGGAUGGGAUGCGCUGGUCCAGGGGAUUGACAGGCUCGAGGUCUCUGAGAAGAGAUUUGCUGAUCUCCUUGAUGCUGUGGAAGUGAGAGAGAAACUUCAAACCCUUCAGAGUUCUAUAGACAAAAGCCAGUUGUGGCAAACAACAACUGCCCGAGAUGAGAAGGCCAGCAAGCUUUUAAGACUUCUGUACACCUGUCCUUACAAAGACCGAAAGGAAAGAAAUAACGAUCGUGUUCCAGGAACAUGUGAAUGGUUCACAAGUCACGUUCAAUUCCAGAGCUGGAACCAAAAUAAUGGGCCAAAUUUGCUAUGGGUUUCGGCGGAUCCAGGUUGCGGGAAAUCAGUCUUGGUGAAGUAUUUGGUUGAUGCAGUUCUUCCAACAAGGACGAGAACGGUUUGUUACUUCUUCUUCAAGGACGACUUUGAAGACCAGAGGAGCUCAACAAGUGCUCUCCGUACAAUUCUACGGCAGCUUUUUCUUGCACAGCCUCACAUAUUGCAUGACUUGAUAUUGGACAAGGUUGAGGCAGAUGGGGCCCAGCUUACGGAUUCGUUUUGCGAUCUCUGGGAAAUUCUGACGAGCGUAGCCAAUACUCCAAGCUCUGGGGAGGUGGUAUGCGUAUUUGACGCCUUAGAUGAGUGUCGAGAGGCUGACCGAAUCCAAUUCACCCGUGCAGUGAAACAUCUCUUUAUCCCAGAGCCCAGAGUGUCUAACUUGAAAUUUCUUAUAACGAGCAGACCUUACGAACACAUCCGCCGUGGGUUCUGGGAACUCGAAGCUCAGCUACCCAAAAUUCAUCUCAGUGGUGAGAACGAGGUUGAAAUCGAGAAAAUCAUGAAAGAGAUAGACCUCGUUAUCAAAGAGCGGAUUAGCCAGAUUGGCAAGCAGAAGUCUUUGGAAAUUCAAGAGUGUGAAUUUCUACAGGAACAGCUCACAAGCAUUCCCAACCGUACCUAUCUUUGGGUGAGCCUCGUAAUAGAUGUCAUCGAGAACACGACCGGUUUCACCAAAGGGAACGUCCGUCGAGCUAUACAGUCACUACCUCGGACCGUUGAUGACGCGUACGAGAAGAUCCUGAGCCACAGUCCUGAUAUCGAUAAAGCAAAGACCCUUCUACGUAUUGUUACUGCUGCAAAGGAACCGCUAUCCCCAAAGCAGGUAUCUCUGGCCAUGGCCAUUAGUCCAGAGCACCGAUCCUACACGGACCUUGAAGAAGAGCUAGAGUCGGAGCAUGGGUUUCGGAGAACUGUUAGGGAUCUAUGUGGACUCCUCCUAGUCAUCAUUGAUGAGAAGAUCUACCUACUUCAUCAGACCGCGAAGGAGUUCUUGGUCCGUGACGAAUUAUUGGCGCCGCUUAGUGGUGAGUCUUGUCUUUCUAACUCAUGGAAGCAUUGUCUCCAGCCAGAGGAGUCGAACAAAGUCCUUGCCGAAAAAUGCAUUUGGUAUCUAAGUUUAGCCAAUGAGAGGUUUCACGGAGACCCUUUUUUCAGGCGCUGUAUCUUUGUAAAGCAGGAUCCAACCAACAUGAGGCAUGGGCACGAUUCUGGAUACGGUGCGAGUAUGAGAAGAUUGGCCCAGCUGUAUCUCUCUGGUUCCCCCGCGCCCCCACAAUAUGCAUAGUAUCUUACUUAGGACUCGAAGUAUUAGUGGGCAUGUUUCUCAAUGCUGGCGGAGUGGACAUGAAUGUUAAAGACCCCGAGUUUGGGCGCACGCCACUAUCGUGGGCUGCAGAAUAUGGACAUGAGAUAGUGGUAAAGCUCCUUCUACAUUCCGGGAAGGUUGACCCAGGUUCCGAGGACUAUUCAAGAAAAACGCCAUUAUCAUGGGCUGCAAGAGGUGGACAUGACAAAGUAGUCGAGCUCCUUCUUGAUUCAGGAGAGGUUGGCCCAGACUUCAAGGUCAAGUCUCAAGUACUUGAUGUUGCAGGGGUAGAGUCUAGCCCAGGCCAUAUGAUCAGGGUGGAGGAAACGCCACUAUUUUUAGCUGCAGAUAGGGGACAUGACACAGUAGUCAAGCUCCUGCUUGAUACAGUCAAAUUUGACCCAAACCUCAAGUACGAUUUCGGAUUGACAUUAUUAUCUCAUGCUGCACAACAGGGACAUGAGAAGGUGGUAAGAGUCCUACUCGAUGCAGAGAAUGUGGAUCCAGAAUCUAAGGACAUAUUGGGAAGAACACCGCUAUCAUUAGCGGCAAUGAGGGGC